CAGUUCCUGCUGGCCUCCCCACUGCGCUGCUCGUAUGGCGGACUCUCCUCUCAACCACUCCUGGCCCUCCUUCUCCAAACUCUGGAUGAAGAGAUGGUCCUUCAAGAGAGCGUCAGAGUGUAAACCAUGCAUUGCACCCUGUGGGUCUCCAAGUGCCUCUCUCAGUGUCCCGCCUCAGGCCCCCUUCGGGACGGGGUCUCCUCCUCACUGCCCCCCCCCCUCCAUCGCUGAAGAUGCCUUCUUUGGGAGCUCCACAAAAGACAAGGAUGCGUGUUCAGUAGUGAGCGACUACGACUGCCCCUGUGCUGAGUUGAGCAGCAGUGUGGAGGACCUGCUGGACCUCAGCUAUUCUCUCAAAGACUCAGAGUACUUUAAAGACCUGGAGGGAGGGAUACCGGCUUCUUUUACUGCAUCCACAGAGAGAAACCCCCUACCUCUCGGCCUGCAGGUGUCUCUAAACACAGACACCAAACAGCCUACACACACUUCUCUGAGCACACAUUCUCAUCGAGUCAAUGCACCAUCUUCCCCCUUCUACAUCCACCCUGCAGAGGAGUCACAUCGGAACUUUGUGGUCACUCAGUUGAGGCCGAAGUUACACCCAGGCUGCAUCAUUGACAGCGAUGAGUCCUCGGGUCCUGCAGUAGGACUGAGCCUGACCAUUAAUCUGAACGGACUGCUGGGGUCGAUGGAGACGGCUAAAGGGAUAACGGGAUCGCAGGAGGAGAAGGAGCAGGGCGGUGUGGAUUUAGAUGGAGAGCUGGACGAGGACAGCUUCCCUAUUCUGGUCCGGUCCAUGUCCACGUCUCGGAGGCACAGCUUGGGGGUCCCCAUGUCCCCCAUUACCUUGGGGAGGAGGCUGAGUCUGGACACCAUGGCCACGGACAGUGAUGGAGAGAGAGAGGAAGAUGAGGAAGAGGAGGAAGGACUGAAAGGUUUCUUCCAGUCCCAACAGCAGCAAACAUACGGCUCGGGUCCUGGAGAGGAGACGGACGACUGCAGUCUGAGUGUCCCCUGUCCCAGAGCCAGAGUCACCAGCAUGGCCUGUGGAGUUCCCCGCAGACAUCUGUACUCCCGCUCAGAGAUCUUGGCCACGGACGAGUGUUCCCGCGCCGCUCACAUCUCCCGUGUUGUGCAGACGUCCAAACAGGCAGCCAGGGCGGCAGGAGCAGAGGAGUUCGACCCUGAAGAAAACCUGCACUCUACUGACGGCCAGAGCCACAUGCUGAUGGUACAGAAAGUUCUGCAGGAGCUGAAGCUGUACUACAGAGCGAAGCAGAAAGUUACAGGAAGUGUAACCUGGUACGAGUUCCUCUCCAAUGCGAAUGACGAAGAGGAGGAUCGUACAGAGAAGGUGGAGAAAGGCACGAAGGUGAAGAGGACUCUCAGCUCUCUGAGGAACAGAGUGACUGGCUCCUUCAAUAAAGAUAAGGGUAAGAACCGAGAGAAGGAACAUCAGAAGGAGAAGGAGAAGGAGAAAGACACAGUGUAUGGCAGCAGGAGGUGUCACGGCCAUCAUCUGGUGCCGGGGUCUUUCUCCAGCUGUGCCACCUGCUCUCUGUGCAGCAAGACCCUGCAGAGGAAGCAUGGCCUGCAGUGCAUGAAUUGUGCUGUGAACGUUCACAAGAGCUGCAAGUCUCUGCUGGGUGAGUGCACCAGCAGCAGGAACAAGAGAGAUUCUCACCCGAGGAUUGGCUCGUCAGGAUCUCCUAAUCCUGCGCUGAAGCACCGGGACAGAGAGCUAACGGGCCUGGAUGGCCACCCGGGUUCUCUCGGCACCCCAGGCAUGACCAUCAGUCCGUGGGGAAACAGCACUCACACUCACACCCACAGCUCCACAGCAGCAUCCAACGCUAGCCUCCGUCACCACAACAGCUCAGGAUCCCUCCCCGGGGAGAUGGAUGAGACGGAUGCUCUCCGCUCCAAACGCUGCAACGAAGACGCCAUUUCCCUCGCUCCCUCCACCACCGAGUCCAUCAUCGUCGAAGAUGCUCACUAUGCAGCAGUGCGGGCUGAUCUGGAGUCAGAUGCUCAGGACCUGGAGGCAGAGUCGUGGAGUUCGGCAGUGGACCAGCCUUUUGUGAAGAAGCACCCCAAACAAAUGGUGAAGAGACAGGAUGUGAUAUACGAGCUGAUGCAGACGGAGAUGCACCACGUGCGGACGCUGAAGAUCAUGCUGCGUGUUUACGUCCGGGAGCUGAAGGAGAACCUGCAGAUGGAUUCUGGGAAGCUGGACUGUCUGUUCCCCCGCCUGGAGAACCUCCUCGAGCUUCACACACACUUCCUGUCUCGCCUCAAAGAGCGGCGGCGAGAGAACCUCACUUCGCCCAACGAGAGGAACUACUCCAUCAACAGGGUGGCCGACGUUCUGAUCACACAGUUCUCAGGUGAGGUGGGGGGGAGGAUGAAGGAAAGCUAUGGAGAUUUCUGCAGUCACCACACCGAGGCUGUCAGCUACUACAAAGAACAGCUGCACAACAACAAAAAGUUCCAAAACAUCAUUCGGAAAGUCAACAACCUGUCCAUUGUGCGGAGGUUAGGAGUGUCCGAGUGCAUCCUGUUGGUGACGCAGCGCAUCAUGAAGUACCCGGUACUAGUGGAGCGCAUUAUCCUCAACACUGAAGCGGGAACAGAGGAGCACGAGGAGCUGACCCGGGCUCUGGGUCUGAUCAAAGACACCAUCGUUCAGGUGGACACGCUGGUUAAUGUCCACGAGAAGAACUCUCGACUGCAAGACAUUCACAACAAGAUGGAGCCAAAGGCGCUGGGGAAGAUCAAAGAUGACCGAGUGUUUCGCAGGGAGGACCUGGCUCAGGGCCGCAGGAGGCUGCUGCACGAGGGCACCGUCAACUGGAAGGCUGCCUCUGGACGCCUCAAAGAUAUUCUUGCAGUGCUGCUGUCAGAUGUGUUGCUCUUGCUACAAGAGAAGGAUCAGAGAUAUGUAUUUGCUACAGUGGACAACAAGCCGCCAGUGAUCUCCCUUCAGAAGCUGAUCGUCAGGGAGGUGGCCCACGAGGAGAAAGCCAUGUUUCUGAUCUGCGCCUCCUCCAAUGAGCCCGAGAUGUACGAGAUCCACACCGCCUCCAAGGAGGAGCGCAACACCUGGAUGGCCCACAUCCGGCAGGCUGUGGAGAGUUGUCCUCACACAGAAGAGAGGCUGUUCAGCGAGGAGGAAGAGGCUCGAGCUUCCAGGUUCAAAGAAUUUCAAGAGCGUCUGAGCCAGAAGGACUCUGUGGUGGUGCAGGCGCUCACUGAGAAGCUGCAGCUGUUUGCAGACAUGUCGGAGUCUGUGGCCGGUCUGGAGGACACGGCUGCACGCUCCAGACUCCUGCUGAGAGGAGACGCCUCAGACCUCCAGCAGGGGGAGGCCCUGCUCAAAGGAGCCAUCACUGAGGUGGAGAACCUCCAGAACCUGCUGCAGUCCGGAGUGAGGGAGGAGUCUCCCACCUCCAGGCUGGAGGAGGGGAGCGGCUCGGGGGUCCUGCCCCGGCGGGCCGACACCUUCGGGGGCUACGACAGCAGCCCCAGCAUCCUCAAUAAGAAUGGCAGCGUGAAGAAGAACUUUUCUGGCGAGAGCAGAAACAGAGACAGGAGAGCCAGCUCUGACCCUCAGCUCAAAGACCUCUGUGGCAGCCACACCCUGGAGCAGACGGUUGAUGAGAGUUGCUGCUCUCCUGCCAGAUGGAACCGCAUCUGGUCCAACUCCUUCCCCGAGGCCGAGUUCUUUGACAAAGUGCUGAUGCUCUCCCAAAGACUCUACAGUCUGCAGGCCAUCAUCGCGCAGCAGGACAGCCACAUGGAGCUGCAGCGAGCCUCUCUGACGGAGCGCGCCUCUCUGUCCGGGCGCCACAGAGGGAACGUGCUGCUGGAGCAGGAGAAGCAGCGCACCCUCGCCCUGCAGAGGGAGGAGCUGGCCAGCUUCCACAAGCUGCAGUCUCAGCACCGGCAGGAGCAGCAGCGCUGGGAGAGGGAGCGGGAGAGGCACCGGCAGCAGGUGGAGGCCACCGAGGCCCGGCUGAGGCUCAGGGAGGAUGAGUGCCGACGGCUGGAGGAGCUCCUGGCGGAGGAGAGGAGGGAGCUGGAGAGCCAGAGGGGGACGUACCAGCAGGACCUGGAGCGGCUCAGAGAGUCCACCAGGUCUGUGGAGAAGGAGAAGGAGCGCCUGGAGCACCAGAAGAAGAUCAAGAGGAAGACCAUCGAGGUGGCCCCUCUGUCAGGCAGUCUGAACGGAGAGCUCCUCAUGUCCUCCAGCCUCACCUCCUCCUCCCUCAGCGUCCUGGACCAGCCGAUCCCCCAGAAGCCCCUGGUGCGGGGCAGCCUGUCCGUGGCGCCGGCAGACUACGCAGAGCGGCCCGAGGUGAUGCUGCGGAGGGAGGCCAGUGCGUCCGCCCUGCCUCUGAAGACCGAGGUGCCGCUCCACCUGUUCAGCACCACCAACCAGCAGCACAAACUGCUGGGGGUGCAGCAGCAGAUCCCCACCAAGCUGGCCGCCUUCAGCAGCGGCAAGGGGAAGGGAGGGAAGAUCGGGAAGGCCUCGCAUCGCACCGACAGCAGCGCCUCAGUGGAUAUGAAGCAGAUGCUCCCCCUGAAGCUGUCCGCCCGAGACGACAACGCCCUGAAGGCCAAACGCUCCGUCAGCCCCAACCAGCAGUCUGCCUCCCCGCUGCCUCCACCCCUGCAUCACCACUCAGAUCCUCUCAGUCCUCCAGACAGCGGACCAGACUCCUCCAUCAGCUCCCCCCACCCUCCCAAUGUCCAGAAGCCCCCCCUGCCUCCCAGCAUGCAACACUCCCAGCCUCCCAGCAUGUCCCCCCACUCCCAGAGCACAGUCUGCCUCCAGCCGCCGGUCCUCAGCCCAAACGCCCAGGUCCAGGUGAACGUUCACGGGCUCUCACACAGCCACAGCAUGCCCCCCCCCUACAAGAUGGCCCCCGAGGACCACAACAAGGAGGACGUCAUCUUCUUCUAGAGUCCUCUCUGCUGAAAAAACACAAAAUCAAAAGAGAAAACAAUCGUGUGUCCCAAGGAGCGAUAAUGUGAUUAACGGUACGUGUAGUCUCGUGCAAACGGAGAGAAAUUAAGACUUUUUAUUCAAGACUCUUUCAACACUGCGCUUUGUUUUUAAAUGCCACUGCUCGUCUUAUUUAAUUUGUAGUUUAAUUUCUUAACUAAAGAAGAAGUAAGACUUCUUGUGAGAGAACGUUUUAAUGAAGUUAAUCAGAUCCAAAGACAUUAGCAGCAGGAGCUGAGGGGCGUUGACUGAAAGGAGCAAUGUGAAGGGAGAACUGUUUGAAGGAGACUCCGUCAGGUUUGUUAGCGAAGCUCGAAGAGUGAGACGAGCUUUAACCCUCUGCUUCUCCAGGACCUCAAGAAAACACUUCCUGCUCCACGGUUCAUUUGCACACUGUACAUACUCCAUUCCUGACUAAUGAAUGACAUGUAUGGAUUUAAUGUGAAAUGUUUGGGCGUCCAAAUUGUGAAGAUUCAUUUCAAUUUGUAGUUAUUGUUAAAAAAGCGUAAUCAUGCUUCUAACAGAAGGCUGAUCUAGUGUUGCCGCUGGUUGUGAAAAAGACGUUUUUUUUUUAAGGCUGUUGUGUAAAUAAUCUUCAGUUCGAUUCAGUUUUUUAACGAACUCAGGGACGCCUUUUAUUAUGUUGGUGCAGUUUGAUUAUGUGCAACAAAAUGGAGAGUUUAAUGUUCAACGCAAAGACACAAGCUUUUUUGAAUUUUUUAGACGCUUUUUUACAAGUGCAUACACUGAAAGAAAAAAAAUGCCGUUUCUCCCACUAUGGCUUUGAGCUUUCACAGCAUGCUCAUUGGUCAAAAAUAAAAAAUUAGGAAAUACAAAUCUGUAAAUGUAGUAAUUUGAAUACAUUUUUAAAGGUACAUUUUGAGCUGCUAUUGGUCCCAUAGACAUCCAGGAAAUUAGCUGUACUGUGAAGACAUUAAAAAAGGCCUCGCUGAGUUCGGUAUAUUUCACAAAAUAAACCCUGUCAUGUCAGUGGAAGCAGUUUACUGUACAAUCCAUGACAUUUCAUGUUGUUUUAAGAAUGAAAUUAACAGAAAAUGUGGUUUGACAGACAAAAAAAAUGUAGAAAUUCACUGAUAAUAUAAAGAAAACGCGUCAUCAACGAACAUAAAAUUAUGAUUUUGCACAAUCCAGUGGGAUAAAUGUGUUAUUCCCCUCAGAAAACAGACACGUUAAAACAGAUGUGUCGGACAAAUGAGCGCGGUGUUAUCCAUCAGUCUGCGUUAUUCUUAAGACUUUAAGUGGCUUCGGUCAUAUUGUGCAUAAUAAUUCCUCUUUACCCACGAACACACAAUUGGUCCAAUUUUUAAAGUGAAUAAAUUCUGUCCUAAAGUCAGGAAAAGUUCACGUAAUGUUUCCGGAAGCUGGACUUUUUGCUGCAUGACAGUACAUUUGUCAGGAUGAGGGCCGGUGUUUCUUAAAGAUACAUUUCAAGAUGUCUGUGUUUUAUUGAUUCCUGAUGACAUUUCAUUAGCCAGGUUUUAAAUCUCUGCACCUGACAGAAAAGCCAAACUAUGACCCAGGUCUUUAUCUCUGUAUUUCAGAAGGAAUAUGCAAUGCUUCUAUUUCUAUUUUGAAUACACGUGAGAACCCUUUCAAUCAGAAAAUAGUCGACAGGUUCAUGUGUUUUGAGUCUCUGGAGGGAAACAUGUCAGAAAAAAGUCCCUGAAGCUGUGAUUGCUCGCUGGAGUGUUUCUGUAUAUUCUGUACAUUGUUGUACAUAGCGUUUGUGAUAUGUUGUGCGCCGCCUGCCCUCUUACACACUCUUUAUGUAUUGACAUUUGACAUGUAUUAAGAUGUCAGCCAAAAGUCUGUUUGUGCACAUCUGUAUACACACUUCACUCUGUUGUGUUUGUACGGUACCGUCUGUCCGGCUUGGUGAGACUCAGUUGAAUGAAAACACAAUCAGUGGUUGCUGUUGUUUUGAUGAGCUGAACAUGAAGGUAUUUAAUGUGUUGAUGUCGUAGCAUUAAGGCAGAGUCCGUCGUCUUUCUCCUGCGAGUUUUAAAACAUAAUGUAGCAUCCUAAAAACAAAACCAUCCGCUUGUUUCAGUCGGUUAAACCAAAGACACACUCGGCUGUUUCCUGUCUGUUUGAAGGAUGAGAUAUGUAAAAAUAUCCUCCAGGGAGUGUCCAUAACAAGUGUGUUUACAGCGCAUUGUCGUCCAGCUCAUGUCCGGAUUUAGGUCUAAUUAUUGGGUUUAUAUAUUUGUUUUUACAUCUUCACGUACAGAUCACAAACAUCUCUUCAUGCGUGAAUUUGUCAUGCUUUGUUUCAUGAAGAAACUGGAUUAAAUAAACCACUCUGUUA